UGGUAUACAAAGGAGUGCUUUACAACUUUGUUGAAGUGCUGUGUUUUGUGUGAUCGAGAAGAUUGUGUUGUGAAGUUUUGUGGUGCUCAAUUGCUGGGUACUUCGGAGCAUCACUGGGAUCCUGUGUUGGGAGAGCUGCGAGCUUAUCGCUCGGUAGCGUUGGGAAUAUCGCUAUCCCGAGUAGUCGAAAUUCAUCGUUGCGAAGGGUUUUCUAAAAAAGUGAACAAUGGUUCUGAAAACGGAACUACUAUUCGAGUGCUAACAACACCCAAACCAACGAAAUCUAAUGGUUUUAUCGAAGGAACAAAAACCUUAUGGGAAAAGGCGAAAAAAUUGGGCCAAAAGGUUUGGACCAAGACAACACCGCCACCUAAAAGAAAUGUUUGGAUCGUGCCUGUGGAUUGGCGUAAACUGUACGCAACUAGAUCUCCGUGUUCAGAGGGGAUAAAUGGCCAGGGCUGCCUGUCGUCAUCGUCGUCGUCGCAGCUGGCUGGCGUCUCCUGGUGGACGCUGUCCCUGUCGCUGAUGGGGGCUAUGCUGAUGGGGAUCGGAGCGUGGGUGGUCUUCAGGCGAAGGUGGCCCGGCGCUGGCUCCUCGGCACGCGACUCCAUCACCGUGCGCCCCCCGAAACUGCCUUGGCCGUGGUACCCAUCGGGCCCCGAUUGCACCGCUCCCCGCGGGCCCGGCGCCUUUCCGCAGCCGCCGGCCAAAACGACCGGCGGCCCGCUCUCCGCGGUCACAAUGUCCGCGGGCCCGCCCCCGUCGUGGCCCGCCCCGCCGGUGCCCGCCCCCGCCAGCAACCGCGCCAACUCGCUCUACCACGCGACGCCCGCGGCCGCGCGUAACGUGUACGCCACGCCCACUCCACACUCCGCGUGGCCGGCCGGCGCCAACGAGCACGUGCACAUCUACGAGAUCCCGCCGUAUUUCCCGAGCUUCGACUUGGCGGAUCAGGAAAUCGACACUACCGCUCUGAAGAAACCUGCUUUCGACACGAAGCAAGCCAAGUGUUAGGCCGUGACUCUCAAAGGGCGUGUUCAGGUUUUACUGAUCGCGAUGUUGCAAGAGUUGCAUCGAUUGAUUGAACCUCAGUCAUUCUGGUGUUUCUCCUACAUAGAGUUUGUAGAGAAGAAAAUUGGUAUAUGCACUUUGACAUUUGUUUUUUCAAAAUGUCAGUUAGCCUCCAAGUAUUAGACCAGAACUGAAAUACGACAUCUCAGUUUCAGUGUGUACAAGUGUAUGUGGGUUUGUGAUUGUCCACAAGAUCUCGCCAUGCUGUGGCUACGCCGAUAGAGUUACGACAAACUACUUCUCUGAAGAAAGCUGCGAAAAUAGGCAGUUCACGUUACAUUAGAUGUGAGCUUGAACUCAGUGCAGUCUUCGAUGUGAUGAUGAUUGCGAUGAUAAUGCUAAUGACGACCAUGGUAGUACUUUCAAGUGGGAAAACGAGUACUUACAGAAAACUGAAAAUUAAUGGGAAUUAGUUUAGCAAAUUCCAAAUAAUAUCAAUCACUUUUGGAUUUGAUUGAUCUGAAAUUAAUUCGAAUCUCAGUUUCAAGGGUGGGAGAAUUAUCAUUAUUUCAAACGCUGCGCAUUUGUUUUUUCGAAAAGAUAAAUGAAUCUCGAAAUAUCAUUGACAGAUCCACCGAAAUAGGUCUUCGUGACCAAUUUUUCACAAGAAUAAAUAACAAUGAAGGCAAGGAUAACAAAAAUAAACAAACUUUCAACUGCUAACAGUUAGCUGCCAAUCGCUUCCAGAUAAGGAACGAUGUCUGUACCCGUCAACUACGAGACAAUUGUAAACGUUGACACUUGUUGCGUUUCCUGUUAAAUAUUCAGGUUGUUGUUUUUCCUAAAUCAUAAUAAUUAAUUAUUUGAGGUGGUAAUUGGAUGUGUCCCUUUCAUCACCAUUUGGUUAUUCAAUUAAAACAUUGAAGUAACAUUGAAAAGACAUUGAAGAAAAAAUUGAGCAUUACGUCAGCGGGUACAGACCAGAGCUCAUGCAUCAUGUAUAAUAUAAUAUAAUUUUUUGCCUGAACAUCGAAAAGACAAAUGCUCACUUGUUUUUCAGUACCCGGUAUGUUAACACAUAUGGAUACACUUUCUUCAGUUAACAGUGUAGUAAUCUACAAUGAAGUACAAUGAAGAUGUAUUUAUAAUAUGAUUGUUACAAUAAAAAAUAUGUAGAUGAAUA